UUUCAAUUCUCUCUCUCUCUCUCUCAACUCUGACUUCUCUCUCUCUACACUUCGAAUUGUCAAAGCCAAGAUCUCUCUCUCCUCCCUUUCUCCGUCUCUCUGGUUCAGAAACGCGAUGGUGUUCUACUUCAAAGCCAGACCAGAGGCCGGGGACUAUACGAUUUUCAUGGGUCUCGAUAAGUACGAGAACGAAGAGCUCAUCAAGUACGGUUUCCCCGAAGACAUUUGGUUCCAUGUGGAUAAAAUGUCUUCUGCCCAUGUUUAUGUUCGACUGCAUAAAGGGCAAACCAUUGAUGAUAUAAGCGAAGGCUUACUGGAGGAUUGUGCUCAGCUCGUCAAAGCGAAUUCGAUACAAGGUAAUAAAGUGAAUAAUAUUGAGGUUGUUUACACCCCAUGGUCCAAUUUGAAAAAAACACCCUCCAUGGAUAUUGGCCAAGUUGGUUUCUACAAUUCAAAGAUGGUUCGAAGUGUGCGUGUGGAGAAGCGAAUUAAUGAGAUAGUUAAUAGAUUGAACAGGACUAAAGUGGAAAGGACACCUGAUCUGAAAGCUGAGCGAGAAGCAGUCAAUGCUGCAGAAAGAGCAGAGAGGAAACUGCAUCUGAGGGAGAAAAAGCGACGGGAGGAGAUGGAUAGACUUGAAAAGGAGAGACAAGCAGAAAUGAGGAGUUACAAGGGAUUGAUGGUUUCUGAAAAUAUGACAUCUAACAAACAGAUUGCAUCUGCAAGCAAGUCCUUGCAGGAACUGGAAGAGGACUUCAUGUGAGCAUUCUGAAGCUGUGUUGCUUAAGAUAUCCUAGAGGUUCCCACAUUGAGCGUCUGUUUUUAAGUUUGUGAUUCAUGGCUAAACCCCUCCCCAACCUGUUGUACCCAUUAACCUGUUAAGCAGGAAAAGGGUAUGCAAAUUGAAACAGUUAGGGGAUCAAAAUCUUUAGGGGAAAAGCUGUUUCGUGUUUUGGAGACAGAUAAUUGGGGAUUUUUAUUUUAUCUGUGCAAUUGGAUCUUGAUGAAUGAUGACCAGUGAUUAGUUAUAUAGAUCAUCACUUGUGCUUUAAUGGUCAAAUUUACCAACAGUUACUAGUAAGAAAUUUUUGAUUGUGACUUGAUUAUUUUUA